AUGAACUCCGAAAUAUUCAUUGAUUGGUAUGACAACACUUUUAUCCCUGAAGUAAAAAAAAGACAAAACGACAUUGGCAAACAAGAAAAUCUAUUACUUUUACUGGAUAAUGCGCCAACCCAUCCUUCGGCUGAACUGUUGGAAAGAGAAAAUGGAAAGUUUAAAGUAAAAUUUUUGCCUUCUAAUGUGACAUCCUUGCUGCAACCAAUGGAUCAAAGUAUUAUUGAAACAUUAAAACGAAUUUAUAGAAAACAACUUUUACGAAGGUUGUUAUCUGUUGAUGAAGAUAAUGUAGAAGUCGUUUUAUCAUUUUUUAAAGAAAUGAAUUUAAAGGAGUGUUGUUACAUGGUUGUAGAUGCGUGGGAUUUGAUUGAAAAGAAAACUUUAAACAAGGCUUGGAACAGAGUACAUAAUCGGGAGAAUGAAAAUUUAAUAACCAAUAUGGAUGAUUCUAUUUUGGAGGAUAUAAAUGACCUAAUGUUAAAGAUACAAAUAUGCCAGGAUUGUGAUGAAGAUGACAUGAAAGAGUGGAUCACUUGUGACAGUAAUGAUCAAGGCUUUCAGAUUAUGUCGGAUGACGAAAUCGUAGAAAACAUAUUGCAGAUAAAUGAACAGCAGGAAAUGCAAGAAGAUGAAACAGAAGAAAAUAUAGACAUUGAAAAUGAUGCAGGACCAUCUCAUGAUGAAGCACUUCAGGCCCUGGAAACGGCUCUCAGUGGUUUGAAAAACAAACAGAGAGUGAUACUGUGA